AUGACGGCAAAAGAAAAGAGACAAGUUAGUCUCGAGGAGGAAAAGAAUAUAAAGAACUCGAACGGCUUGCGCCUGCUUACAGUAACAGAGGAAGAAAGCAAUGAUUCUGAACAAAAUGAAGGUUUCAAAGGGAAUUCUCAAUAUGAUAAAAUCGGGACGGAUUUGACCGUUGAAAACAACGUUCACAACAACAACCUCAUCAACAGGCCAGACUUAGAAGUCAUUCACGAAGCCUCUGUAUUCGAUGACAGUGUUGGUCAUCUUCGAUAUUUCAUAAACGACGAAGGGUCAUUAUCUGGGGAAUCACCCCCGCAGACCGCUAUGGGUAUAGGAAACGAUCCACUUGUGCGACACUGGGUCAACCUAUGUACUGAAAAUAUUCAGCAAAAGAAAGAACUUGAUAUGGAGCUGAUGGGCUAUGGUGGAAAUACAGGGGUUACUUGGGAAGAGUGCGCAAACAGGAGACUCCAACAACUCCAAAAAGAACAGAUUAGAUUAGAACAGGAGAUUCAAACGGAGUCUCAGUUCCUCUCGGUUGUUCCAGGUGGAUACAACCUAGUUCAGGAUCUCAAGGACCAGCUCCGCAAUAUUUACAGAGAGUCGAUGCCAUGCUACUCAGACCGAACGACCGUAAACGAUGGAGGGCGAAUGGAAGAGCAGGUGCCUGAACAGAAAGAGCAAAUCCCAUUUGAGCCGAGGGAUCUUGAUCAAACUGUCCAUAAAAAUCGGCUAGAGACGAGAAAGGAGAAGACAGGAAACAAAAACACCUCCCACCAAAUUGUUCAAGAGGCGUUUUCUUUAUCUGACAAUAAUGCGGUUGAAAUGAAAACCUGCCAUAGGCGUCGACAAGUUCUUGAUGAUGUAAAACGGGAGGCAACUUUGAAAUGUGGAAACAAAAAAAUCCUGAACGAAUCCAAACCUAAGUCUAACACGGUAACCAACGGUCACGUCAAGUUGCACCUGCCACCGAUAAUGAAUUCCAAACAAACAUCGGCACGCAGUUUUUCUCCACAAAUGAGCAAGAGCGUCUGCGGGCUCCCAGAUAUCCACGCGUCAAAGAAAAUGUCCAUAAACGAAGAAACCAUUUCAAGCGCGUCAGAGUCAAGCCAAGUCCCUAGUAGAAAAGCAUCGCCAUUGCGCUCUCUGAAUCAAAAGCUACCUGAAAUUAAGUCUGCAAACCGUAUUUCAGCAUCGCCGAUGACAAACCAAGCCAGGACAGCAAAAAGCGGCCAAAUAAUGCCACACAUUCUGUCUCCUCUUGUGAGCAUCCCGAAAUCAUCGAAGGAGAUCCGAAAUUUCUUCCAAGCCCCAAAGAGAAUAACCAUGUCGAAAAAACUACAGGUCAGCAAUGCCCAUCAUUACGACAUUUUGAUAAUUGAACACAGCAACCAAGAGAGGAAUCUAUCUGCAAACUGUGUUCCUCAAACAAAGGCAAAUGGACCUUUACCUCCGUUGAAAAAGGUUACGCCUGAACCACAACGCCGCUGUUCAGAGGUUAAGGUUGUCAAGAACGAAGAAUCAGGCUUGAGCAAGAAGACAAAGAGAGCAGAUAAAAAUUCAGCUGGCAGACGGAACGGGCAUCACUAGAGUAUGGCAGUCAAACACAAUCUCUUAAUUUUGUUGGGUUGAAUCUUUACAACCCCAGUUUAAAAACACCCCCUCAUCACACACCAACUACCCUCUAUUAACCUUGAUGCAUUGAUUCAGUCAUACAAAGUUACCAAUGUUCACCCAAAUAACUUUGAAAAAUCUAUUCCACGAUCUAAGAUGCAUACUCGAUUGGUCACUCAAUUCUGCGGAUGGCGAAAUAAUCUAGUGAAGGAAGAGAGCUAACUUGUAUAUAUCAAUAGAAGGUAUCCAUGUAUUGAGUAAUGGACAGUCUGAAAGAAUGUCCGAAACAAAGAGAGAGAACCCCCCCCCCCCCCAAAAAAAAGCAGCUGCUGGAGAAGAACGCAUAGUGUUGUGCAGGAUAAAAAUGGUCAUAAGCUGAUGAACGCUGAUGUGAAGUAUCGUCCCAAGGAAAUGAGUUUGAAAUAAAGAAAGAAAGGAAUGUUAACUGUAAAAUCGAUGGAAUCCAAAGAAACCGGUUUUUUAAAAAAAUAAUUAUUUA